AUGGGAAAUACAACCAGCGUGGCCGGGAGAGAAUGUCUCUUAUCUGCUCUCGGAGGCAAUUCGGCGCUUUUGGCCUUUCCAGAUGACCCCUUGUACCAAGUCACAGCUGUGCACCCCUACAACCUCAACUAUCCCGUCACUCCGACAGCCAUCACGUACCCCGAAACAUCAGACCAGGUCGCAGCUAUUGUGAAAUGCGCAAGUGAGCACGGCUAUAAAGUCCAGGGCCGCAGUGGAGGACACAACUAUGCGAAUUUCGGACUAGGAGGAGAUGACGGGGCUGUCGUUGUCGACGUUAAGCACUUCCAGCAAUUUGACAUGGAUGAGAACACCCAUGUUGCAACCAUUGGCGCUGGUACGCGUCUCCGGGAUGUCGAUACACGCCUGUACAACGCUGGUGGCCGAGCCAUGUCCCAUGGAGUUUGUCCAGACCUGGGAGCUGGCGGGCACUUCACUAUCGGGGGAAGUGGACCCACGGCGCGACAGUGGGGACUCGCCGUGGAUCAUAUCCUCGAGGUGGAAAUGGUGUUGGCGGAUUCCCGGAUUGUGCGGGCGUCCAAGACAGAAAAUGCAGACCUAUUCUUCGCCGUGCGGGGCGCCGCUGCGAGUUUUGGUAUUAUUACCGAGUUCAAAGUACGCACGGAACCAGCGCAAGACCAUGCCGUCCAGUACUCCUAUACCUUCAAUCUGGGUAGCACCGCUGAAAAGGCGCAGUUGUUCAAAGACUGGCAGGCCUUGGUCUCGGACCCUGACCUGACCCCUAAGCUCUAUUCCACGCUAACGUUGCUUCCGGAAUCCAUUCUUCUUACCGGGGUUUUCUUUGGCACCAAGGAGGAGUACGAAGCUUUCGGUCUGGAGGGCCGCUUCCCCAUUCAAAAUCCAGGAAACGUGGUCGUUCUGACCGACUGGCUGGGAAUGGUAGGCAAGGUAUUCCAGGAUCUCGUUAUCAACGUGGGGAACAAUUUGCCCAUGAGCUUCGUGGACCGAGGAACAGGAUUUACGCGGGAGACCCUGCUAUCUUCUUCCGGGGCUGAGGAGCUGUUCGAGUACCUCGAUAACGCCGACAAGGGCACCCCGGCCUGGUUUGUCACUUUUCUCCAGUCGGGCGGUGCGAUCGGCCAGACACCCAAGGAUGCUACGGCAUAUCCCCACCGCGAUGUCCUCUUCUGGAUGGAAAGUCUGGCUAGUACUCUGGUGCUUCCCGUCCCGCAGACGCCUCGCGACUUUUUAGACGGUCUGAUGAACACUACAUCCAAGGUUCUAGGCAAACCGGUCGCUGAUUUGCCGGUGUAUCCGGGGUUCGUUGAUCCGGAACUGCCGGAGCCUCAGCGUGCCUACUGGGGGGAUAAUCUGCCUCGAUUGGAACGUAUAAAGGCGGCAGUUGACCCGAAGGAUGUGUUCCAUAAUCCUCAGAGUGUACGUGGGAGACGGUGA